AACUCAUUUUCCAUUCAGUAUUAAUACUGCUCUGCCUUUUUCUUGGGAUACGUACUGAUCAGCUAGGAGUAUUGUUCUUCUUUCCACUUUCCACUUACCCAGCAGUUUUGUUGAACAAAGUGAAAUUUUUUCUAUUGCAGCUACAAUUCACAGUCCAUAGUUUUCAACUUCCAUGGCGAAAAAGGGCAUGGAAAGAAACAGUCGUCGUCCGGGGAGAAAAAGAGUUAAACCGACAUCGUCGAUGAUGGGUGAGGACAGAAUUUCGAAACUACCUGAUGCACUCAUCGUACACAUCAUGUCGUUCCUUCCCACUGUGGAUGUCGUUCGGACAUGUCUCCUUUCAAAGCGUUGGAAACUGUUGUGGUAUUCAGUCCCCACCAUCUCUUUCUCCGACCAUACUUGCCCUAAAUCACAGGCCCUGAGAAAGUUCUACAAUUAUGUGGACAAUUUUUUGGAACACCGCAAGAGAGGUAUGAAUUUCAUCCCUGAUUCUGUCAUAACUAGUCUUAAGCUUCGGGUGGAUCACUAUAGAAGAAGCAAGGUUUGCCGGCUAGAUAAAUGGUUAGUUUUUGCAGUUGAGAAUAAAGUCAAGGAAUUAAAUCUUCACUUGUGGGAAGAGUAUGAUGAGGAUGAUGAGCAUUGCUACUACUGCUUACCUAAAACUCUACUAGUCAACGCCAUAUAUUUGACUGUUUUGAAGUUGACUAGGGUGGAGUUGGAUUCUCGUUACUCAUUCAGUUUUCCAUCCCUGAAAUCAUUGACAUUGAAUCUUGUUCAACUUUCGGAUAUAGAUGUGGUAGAUAAGUUGUUGUUGGGUUCUCCUUCCCUUGAGAAAUUGCGGUUAAUUUGUUGCAGUUCAAAAACUGAUCAUGAGAUACAAAUACAUAGUUUAAGCCUCAAGUUCUUGGAAAUUGAACACAUUUGGGGUGUGGUGGAGCACAUUGAAGCCAAAAAUCUUGAAUCUUUGGAACUAUUUGGUGUUUGCUUUAACAAAGCAAAUCUCUCUGCAUGCAAAGCAAUUAGAGAUCUCUCUUUAACAUGUGAUUGGGGUAUGGACGAGUCAUCAUUAGAAUAUUUCAUCUCAAACCUUCCUUUACUUGAGAAUUUGACCUUGAGCAAUUGGUAUGAGUUUAGGUUGGAUCGCAUUAAAAUCUCCAGUCAACACUUGAAAAGAUUCAAUUUGGAUAACUCUGCCUCUUAUAUUGAUGAUGAUGAUGAAAUGACUGUUAUAAUUGAAUCAGCUCCAAAAUUAGAAUCAUUUUGUUAUAAGGGCAGUAUCAAACUUAGUAUAUCAAUGGUGGAGUCAACCAAUUUGUUGAAUGGAACAUUCAUAAUUCUUAAGCGGCAACAGAACUAUGAUGCCAAUUGGUUUAUCAAUAUGAUGAAUUUUCUUCUGAAUCUCAAUUGUUCCUGGAAUACGGUAAGCCUGCAUGUUGGCUCAGUUGAGGCUCUCAUCGUUCCAGAAAGCGUGAAGAGGGUAUGUCGUUCUCCUUUGGUUUAUUGGGAGCAUCUUAAAGUUUUUACUGAAUGUAAACCAGAGAGGGAAUCAGCCUUGAGGGAUGCUCUGUUGUGGAUUUCUCCUUCUUUAAAGACAUUAUCUAUAGCAAAAGGGAUAUAUUUUUAGAGUAAUGAUAAUGUGCACUCAAAACAUGCACCCAAACAUUACACACAGUGACGUGUUACUACUUUUAAAACAGUGGGUCCCAGUUUUAAUAAAUAUGAUUGACUAGACUAAACUGCCACAUUAGUGUGUAAUGUUUGGGUGUAUGUUUUGGGUGCAUAUAUCAUUACUCAUAUUUUUAAUAUUUUUCAACAUCUUAAACAAUGGUUAUAAAAGAUACUGUCUUCUAUUUCUUUUCUUUCUUUGCUAAGGCCUAGAAUUAGUCCCUUUGAGAUUGUAUUUACUUUAUAGGUAGCUUAGGACUAAUGAAUUUUUAUCAGAAUGGGAAUUGUUUUUCUUAUAUUUGUCUGUGAAUGAACAGAUGGGAUAUUUAACUUGAAAAUUGUAUAGUUGUUUUUUUUA